GCUUGCAGUUAUUAUUAAGACGAUACGAACAGUAGAAGUGUAGUAAAUUUUAUUUUAAUGUACUCGAUAAAUAAGCUUAUAGUUUUAGCUCGUGUUUAUUUUGUAUGUUUAUAUUAAAGCAUCUGAUUGAAUAUAUAGGUAAAACCUUAUUGUCAAGUUAUAUUGUGGAUGGUACAACUAUAUUGGGAAUCUUAGAAAAAAGUUUAUCUGACACUUUUUUUUGAUAUGACUUAUACGCUAAGUGAGAAUUUAUUCAAUAGUUUUAUUACGUGGACUAAGAAAAGGCUUAUAAUAAAAUCAAGACUUAAAGAAAAUAAUUUAAUGUAGCUUUUACUGUAUGUACUUUCAGUAUCCAACUACAGAUAUGUUGCUUUAUACGCAUCACUGCACUAAUUAAAUCUUGUUAUCCUCAGAACAGUUUUAAAAAUUUAUGUUUAGUGGUAACCAAAUUGUUAUAAAAAUUUAUUAAUAACUGACGUCUUUCGUUUGGACUGACAGCUUUCGCACGUGCUAUCACCGUCUCUAUGGCGAUGGUAGUUCCCAUAUCUGUAUGGACCUCACGAGAUAGUGUAACUCCAAUAAGCUGUGUAGAAAAUCAUUCCAGAUACAGUAAUCCAAAUAGAUCUGCGAUAGUAAUAUCAUCCAACAAUCUUGCUCGAACAUCGCUGCUGGAAGAUACAUCAUGUUUUGGAAAUUCUGACUCUGCAAUUACAAAUGGGAACUUAUUACAAUUGAGUAUUACACAUGUGAAUCAAACAAAUAGUUCCAUAAAUAUUCAAACGGACAAGUCUUCAAGUGUUGAAUGUGUUGUGUGUGGUGACAAAAGUAGUGGAAAACACUAUGGGCAGUUUACUUGUGAAGGUUGCAAAAGCUUCUUUAAAAGAAGUGUCAGAAGAUGUUUAACUUAUUCUUGUCGUAGUAAUCGUGAUUGUCCUAUAGAUCAACAUCAUAGAAAUCAAUGUCAAUUUUGUCGACUUAAGAAGUGUCUCAAAAUGGGUAUGCGAAAAGAAGGUAUAUUUUAG